CCGGAAGACACAGUAACACACACAGAAUCCCGGGUCUUCUGACACGCCGGGCGGGAAGAUGUCGUCAUUGCCAAGAAGAGCAAAAAUACAGGUUCAGACUGCAGUAUCCAAAGACGAGUUCUCAUACUUCUCAGAGUUAUCAUCUGCCUCUGAAGAAGAUGACAAGGAAGAUAGUGUCUGGGAGCCCCAAAAGAAAGUCUCCAGAAGCCGCAAGCAGCCAGCUCCCAAGGAUUCCAAACCAAAAAGGGUACCUCGAAUCAAGAACACUCCACAGAUCAGUGAUGGCACAGGGAUCGUGGAUGUUAAGGAGGAGCCGAAUAGCUCUGUGGCAAUUGCUGAUGUGGAUUUGGAAGAGAAAAAAACCAAAUUGGAAACUGUACAGACUCUGAAAUCAGCAAAGACAAAAAGGAAAACUUCAGCUCAAAGAACCAAAAAGCUGAAAAUUGAUGAAGUAAAGAACAAAGCCAGCAAUUUAGAGGGUGGGACUAAUAGUACAGAAAUACCAUCAACAAGCACCAUGUGGGAAGGUGUAUGCAAGAAAGAAGAGAGUGAAGAUGACUUUACCUUUGGUCAGUCUCCUUUAAAGAAAAUCAAGACUGAAACAUGUCUUCAGGGGCAGCCUGUCAAGUUUCCAGCAAAUACCAACAAUAUUAAUGAGGAGGUAGAAAUGAACUGGGAUAUAGUUCAGGUUUUAUCUGAGAGAACUAAUGUUGAACUUUGGGUUUGUGCCAACAUCAUUCGUCUCUUUAAUGAUGAUAACACAAUUCCCUUUAUUAUACGUUAUCGAAAAGAGCUCAUUAAUAACCUUGAUGCUGACUCCUUGAGAGAAGUUCGACAAACCCUAGAGGAGCUACGGGCUGUUGCAAAGAAGGUUCAUAGUACAAUCCAGAAAAUUAAGAAGGAGGGGAAGAUGUCUGAGUGCUUAUUAAAAGCCUUGCUGAACUGUAAAACAUUUGAAGAACUAGAACACGUGUCUGCUCCCUAUAAAACUGGGAGCAAAGGCACCAAAGCCCAAAGAGCAAAGCAGUUAGGAUUGGAAGGAGCAGCCUGGACACUGCUGGAGAAGCCUGGGGAGCUCAAUCUGCUGUCUUACAUUAGACCUGAUAUUAAAGGGCUGUCAGUGCUCCAGGAUAUUGAAACAGGAGUGCAGCAUAUUUUAGCAGACAUGAUUGCUAAAGACAAAGACACGCUUGAUUUCAUUCGGAAAUUGUGCCAAAAUAGAUACAUUUGUAUCCAGUCAUCUCUGGCAAAAGUGUCCUCAAAAAAGGUAAAUGAGAAAGAUGUUGAUAAGUUUCAGCUCUACCAGAACUUUUCAUGCAACAUAAGAAACAUCCAACAUCAUCAGAUUUUGGCAAUUAAUCGUGGAGAGAAUUUGAAGAUAUUGACAGUCAAGGUCAACAUUUCUGAUGGAGUGAAGAAUGAAUUCUGUAGGUGGUGCAUCCAAAAUAGGUGGAGACCACGUGGCUUUGCAAGACCAGAAUUAAUGAAGAUCUUACAUAAUUCACUAGAUGAUUCCUUUAAACGCCUCAUUUAUCCUCUCCUCUGUAGAGAGUUCAGAGCCAAACUGACAUCAGAUGCAGAGAAGGAAUCAGUAAUGAUGUUUGGACGGAACCUUCGUCAACUUCUUUUAACAAGCCCUGUUCCAGGUCGAACCUUAAUGGGAGUGGAUCCUGGUUACAAACAUGGUUGCAAAUUAGCUAUAAUUUCUCCUACCAGUCAGAUACUUCAUACUGAUGUGGUUUACUUGCAUUGUGGACAAGGCUUCCGAGAGGCUGAGAAAAUAAAGAGACUUUUGCUGAAUUUCAACUGCAGCACAGUGGUGAUUGGAAAUGGAACCGCCUGCCGGGAAACCGAAGCUUACUUUGCUGACCUGAUAAUGAAAAAUUACUUCACACCACUGGAUGUUGUUUACUGUAUCGUUAGUGAAGCAGGAGCAUCAAUCUACAGUGUUAGCCCUGAAGCUAACAAAGAGAUGCCAGGACUGGAUCCUAAUCUAAGAAGUGCAGUUUCCAUAGCAAGGCGUGUACAAGAUCCAUUAGCUGAGCUAGUGAAAAUUGAGCCGAAGCACAUUGGAGUUGGAAUGUAUCAGCAUGAUGUAUCCCAGACUUUACUCAAGGCCACUCUGGACAGUGUUGUAGAAGAAUGUGUCAGCUUUGUGGGAGUGGAUAUUAACAUCUGUUCAGAAGUUUUGUUAAGGCAUAUUGCAGGACUCAAUGCCAACAGAGCCAAAAAUAUUAUUGAAUGGCGAGAGAAAAAUGGACCCUUCAUCAACCGAGAACAGCUGAAGAAAGUGAAAGGGCUGGGUCCAAAAUCCUUCCAACAGUGUGCUGGUUUCAUCAGAAUCAAUCAGGAUUAUAUUCGAACAUUUUGCAGUAGUCAGCAAAUUGAAUCUUCAGGCCAGAUUCAAGGAGUUGCUGUAACAUCUUCAGCAGGUGAGGUCACAAAUGAGAAGCAAGGCAAAAAGAAGAGCAAAACUACAGUGGAUGUUGUACUGAAGCCAAAUCCUUUGGAUCAGACUUGUAUUCAUCCGGAAUCAUAUGACAUAGCAAUGAGGUUUUUAUCAUUCAUUGGAGGGACGCUGUGUGAGAUUGGAAAGCCUGAAAUGCAACAAAAAAUAAAUUCAUCCCUUGAAAAGGAAGGAAUAGAGAAAACUGCAGAAAGAUUGCAGACAACAGCACACACUUUACAGGUCAUCGUAGAUGGUCUCAGCCAGCCUGAAAGCUUUGACUUUCGAACAGAUUUUGAUAAACCCGAUUUCAAGAGAAGUAUAGUAUGCUUGGAAGAUCUGCAGGUUGGAACAGUUCUUACGGGCAAAGUUGAGAAUGCCACUCUGUUUGGGAUUUUUGUGGAUAUAGGAGUGGGAAAAUCAGGGUUGAUCCCCAUACGAAAUGUAACAGAAGCAAAACUUUCUAAAACAAAAAAGAGAAGGAGUCUUGGACUGGGCCCUGGAGAAAGAGUGGAAGUUCGAGUACUGAACAUUGACGUCCCUCGAUCUAGGAUUACUCUGGACCUCAUUCGGGUGUUGUAAGUGUCCCACUGAAGGCCAGACACUGAUUUUUAUUUCCUCAUUUCUACAGAUUGACAAGAAUAGGUCACAUGUUCAUGAGUUCUAAGUAGCAGAUAAGAAAGAAUCCACUUAUAAUCAGAGUAUUUUCCACUUUCCUUAUGAAUAAAUAGAAAACUAGUUAAAUAGCUGGUAGACAUUCUUUUUUUUUUAUUGUAAACAAAUGGGAUACAUGUUGUUUCUCUGUUUGUACAUGGAGUAAAGGCAUACCAU